AACGUCACAGCCUAAUUUCUCUCUCUUUCUCCAAAAGAAAAUAAUAAAGAAAAUCGACAGACAGUGAGGGAGAAGAGCGCCAACGAAGAAACGCUUCCCCAAACCCUCUUCGCGCCCUAACCUGUACGUACACUUUCUCUUGAAAAUUCUCUGUACAGCGAGGCAUUAUUGAGUCGGUGAGCGAGCGAGUGACCGGAAAAGCAUAAUGAGUCAGCCGCCGGUCCCUCCGCCCCCACAACCGGCGGGCGGUGGUGGUGGGGUGCAGGUACGGUGCGCUGGUUGCAAACUGAUCUUGACGGUGGCGGGGGGCGUCACGGAGUUCGUGUGCCCGACUUGCCAAUUGCCUCAGAUGUUGCCGCCGGAGCUAAUGAGAAUGCAAUUGAAGGCGCCUCUUCCUCCGCCUCCUUCAAUACCCUCGUCGCACCAAGUGCCGGCGCAUGGAAUUGACCCGACGAAGAUCCAGGUACCCUGCGCACACUGCAAGGCCAUACUCAAUGUGCCCCACGGCUUGGCCAGGUUCGCCUGUCCUCAGUGCGGCGUUGACCUCGCCGUCGAUUUGUCCAAGCUGAAGCAGUUCUUCCCGCCUCGACCACCUCCUGAGGAAGAAAAUGAGGUAGCCAUUGAAGUGGAGCGAGAAGAAGAUGAAGGUGGCAUGGUGGGAGAGACAUUUACAGACUAUCGCCCUCCAAAACUAUCUAUUGGACCUCCCCAUCCAGAUCCUAUUGUGGAAACAUCCUCCUUAGCUGCCGUACAACCACCUGAACCGACAUACGAUUUAAAAAUCAAAGAUGACUUGGAAAGCUCUAACACUUUGUCGUGUUUGCAAAUUGAGACAUUGGUGUAUGCUUGUCAGAGACACCUCCAUCACCUUCCUAGUGGUGCUAGGGCAGGAUUCUUUAUCGGAGAUGGAGCUGGUGUGGGGAAAGGUCGAACAAUUGCAGGACUAAUAUGGGAAAAUUGGCACCAUGGGAUGAGGAAAGCCCUGUGGAUUUCUGUUGGUUCAGACUUAAAGUUUGAUGCAAGAAGAGACUUGGACGAUGUGGGAGCUACCUCGGUUGAAGUGCAUGCUUUGAACAAACUGCCGUACUCUAAACUUGAUUCAAAGUCUGUUGGGAUCAGGGAAGGAGUUGUUUUUUUGACAUACAGCAGCCUUAUAGCAUCUUCUGAGAAAGGUCGGUCUCGUUUGCAGCAACUUGUGCAGUGGUGUGGAUCAGGAUUUGAUGGUCUUGUUGUAUUUGAUGAGUGCCACAAAGCCAAAAAUUUGGUACCUGAAGCUGGAAGUCAGCCAACACGAACAGGUGAAGCUGUUCUUGAGAUACAGGCUCGACUUCCUGAAGCUCGUGUUGUUUAUUGCUCGGCAACUGGUGCAUCUGAACCACGCAAUUUGGGUUAUAUGGUCCGCCUUGGUCUUUGGGGACCUGGAACAUGUUUCCUGGACUUCCGUGAUUUUCUAGGUGCUCUGGAAAAAGGGGGUGUUGGAGCACUGGAACUUGUUGCCAUGGACAUGAAAGCAAGGGGGAUGUAUGUUUGUCGUACACUUAGCUACAAAGGAGUGGAGUUUGAAGUUGUUGAAGCACCAUUAGAAGCUGAAAUGAUGGAUAUGUAUAAAAAAGCCGCUGAGUUUUGGGCAGAGUUACGCGUGGAAUUGUUGUCAGCAAGUGCUUUUCUUUCAAAUGAGAAGCCUAGUAGUAGUCAGUUGUGGAGAUUGUAUUGGGCAAGCCAUCAGCGUUUCUUUAGACAUAUGUGUAUGUCAGCUAAGGUCCCAGCUACUGUAAGAUUAGCCAAGCAAGCAUUAAUGGAAGAUAAGUGUGUGGUUGUUGGCCUUCAGAGUACUGGAGAGGCACGGACUGAGGAAGCUGUGACAAAAUAUGGUCUUGAACUUGAUGAUUUUAUCUCUGGACCUCGAGAACUGUUGCUAAAAUUUGUGGAGGAAAAUUAUCCUUUGCCAGAAAAGCCAGAACCUCUUCCAGGAGAGGAAAGUGUUAAGGAGCUUCAACGGAAAAGGCACUCAGCAACUCCUGGUGUCUCAAUGAAAGGGAGGGUCAGGAAAGUUUCAAAAUGGAAACCUGCAAGUGAUGGUGAAAGUGAAGAAGAAUCUGAAACUGAUUCUGCUCAUGAAUCUACUGAAUCUGAUGAUGAUUUUCGGAUCUGUGAGAUUUGCAAUGAUGAUGAGGAAAGUAAGACUUUGCUCCAAUGUUCCUGUUGUGGCCAACUGGUCCAUCCUGCUUGUUUAGUACCACCUGUCAUAGACUUGGUAACCGGAGAUUGGUCAUGUCAUUCAUGCAAGGAAAAAACAGAUGAAUAUCUUCAAGCAAGACAUGCAUAUAUAGCAGAUCUUUUGAAGAGGUAUGAAGCAGCUUUGGAGCGUAAGACCAAAAUUCUGGAGAUAGUUCGGUCUUUGGAUCUGCCUAACAAUCCUUUAGAUGACAUUAUUGAUCAGCUCGGAGGGCCUGAUAAAGUGGCAGAAAUGACAGGGAGGCGAGGCAUGCUUGUUAGGGCCUCUAGUGGAAAAGGUGUUACUUAUCAGGCACGGAACACAAAAGAGGUCACCAUGGAGAUGGUUAACAUGCAUGAGAAACAGCUCUUUAUGGAUGGUAAAAAGUUGGUUGCCAUCAUAUCUGAAGCUGGGUCAGCUGGUGUUUCUUUGCAGGCAGAUAGAAGAGUUGCGAAUCAGAAAAGAAGAGUGCAUCUGACACUGGAACUUCCAUGGAGUGCUGACAGAGCGAUUCAACAGUUUGGAAGAACUCACCGGUCGAACCAAGCUUCUGCACCCGAGUACAGGCUACUCUUCACCAAUCUUGGCGGGGAACGCCGGUUUGCGUCAAUUGUUGCCAAGAGAUUAGAAUCUCUUGGUGCCUUAACACAAGGAGACCGCAGAGCAGGGCCAUCUUUGAGUGCUUAUAAUUAUGAUAGUGCGAAUGGAAAGAAGGCCCUUAUGGUGAUGUAUAAAGGAAUCAUGGAGCAGGAUUCUCUGCCUGUUGUACCUCCUGGAUGCUCAUCUGAAAAACCAGAGACUACCCAAGAUUUUAUAACGAAGGCAAAAGCUGCUCUUGUUUCUGUGGGAAUAGUUAGGGACACAGUUCUUGUUAAUGGAAAAGAUUCUGGAAAGUUAUCUGGCCGUAUAAUUGACUCUGAUAUGCAUGACGUUGGACGUUUCCUUAAUCGGCUUUUGGGACUGCCACCUGAUAUUCAAAAUAGGUUAUUUGAGUUAUUUGUCGGCAUCUUGGACCUACUUAUUCAGAAUGCACGCAUUGAAGGGAAUCUUGACUCAGGGAUUGUUGAUAUGAAAGCUAAUGUCAUCGAGUUACAAGGAACCCCCAAGACUGUUCAUGUGGAUCAAAUGUCUGGGGCAUCAACAGUACUCUUUACUUUCACUCUUGAUCGUGGAAUCACAUGGGAGUCCGCGAGUACCAUUCUUGACGAGAAGCGGAAGGAUGGGCUUAGUUCAGCAAAUGAUGGAUUCUAUGAAUCUAAGAGGGAGUGGCUGGGGAGGCGUCACUUCACAUUAGCAUUUGAAAGUUCUGCUUCUGGAAUGUUUAAGAUAGUACGACCAGCUGUUGGGGAGUCUCUAAGGGAAAUGCCUCUGGCGGAGCUUAAAAAUAAGUAUCGCAAAAUAUCAUCUUUAGAGAAGGCUCGUAGUGGUUGGGAAGACGAAUUUGAAGUAUCAUCUAAACAGUGCAUGCAUGGCCCCAAUUGUAAGCUAGGCAACUUCUGUACAGUUGGCAGAAGAAUUCAGGAAGUAAAUGUAUUGGGUGGACUCAUCCUUCCUGUUUGGGGCACUAUUGAGAAGGCCCUUUCUAAGCAGGCCCGUCAAAGCCACAAGCGGCUCCGUGUGGUGCGUAUAGAAACUACCAGAGACAAUCGGCGGAUUGUUGGGCUUCUUGUCCCCAAUGCAGCAGUUGAAUCUGUGCUUCAAGAUUUAGCAUGGGUUCAAGAUAUUGACGAUUGAGAUAAGUGUCAGUUUUUUGCUCCAAGGGAUUGUCUGUUUGUAGCUAUUUCUCUCCUUUCAAGAUGCAACAGUUUCGAAGCGUGAAUAUAUUUUGUUUAAAAGAGCCCGUGCAUUUGCAUACCUCACACUGGAGAACACAAGAGAGUUAUGGGGAGGGGAGAAAAAAGAGGAAUUCUCUGCACCAUACAGCACUGUGCACAGAUUCAUUUUGAUUUUUCCGUCCGGGCUUCAAUUUUUUGGGAUAUAAUUUUGUAUAUUAUCCACAUUUUCACGAAAUGUGAAAGACAAUAGGGUUACUAGGCUGUAUUGAUUAUAGUCUUUGUUAAACGAAUUUGUAUUGGUUACAUGCACAUUCAUCAGACAACACAUGAAAUAGAAAAAUCCUUUUUGAUAAUAAAGUUUCGUUUACCAAA